GGGAUGACCUCCCACAUGAGUGGGGGUCACCCCGCGAAAUUAUGCAAUCAAAUAGACAAGGGGCCGGAUGGAACAUGAUGGGAAGGGAUGAAAGAGGUUGAGUUGAAUUAAUUGGCAUCAAAGGUACUUGUUGACCUUUGUACCUCUCCAUAAUUGAGAGAAGAGAAGAGAAAAGAAGAGAAGAAAUGAACCGAGCUCACAGUUAGAGGAGGCUUUAGUAAGAAGAAAAGCUAGGAUAAGUGGAAACAAACUUCGAAACUCAAGGUAAUGACUUCAUUAGUAUCUUUUCCUCCUUCAUUUAAUAUCAUGUGAAUUAAUAAAUUAUAUGAUAGACCAUGUUAGAACAUUAUUUAUUGUGUUCAAAUUAAUUAUAAUUAUCUUUGUUUAAUUAGACUGGUAUUUAAAAAAAAAAAAAGAUAAAAGAGAAAAAAAGAAGGGAGGAAGGCUAAGCCGCCCGAUCCAUCGACAGUACGUUCCUUUACUGCGGUCUUGUCUGGGGAACCAAAGGAUGGGAUAGCGAUCAAGCCUCCUUCUCGAUUUAAGGGAAUGCCAUCAAUCGAAUUUUCCAAAGAGGAGGUGGACAUAUUGGCACGUACACAUAACUAUGCAUUUUUUGGAUCAUUUGUCAAAUGCAGACCAAAACUGGAUAUAAUCAGGAAGGCUUUAGAAACCAUUCGUUUUAAGCAUAAUUUUCAUUUAGAUUUACUCACCCCAAAGCAUGUUCUUUUACGUUUUGAAUCGGAGGAUGACUUUCAAAGAUGUUGGUUGAGGCAUUCGUGGACUAUUCAAGGAUACAUGAUGAUGGUCUCUAAAUGGACUCCUCAAUUUAGAGCGGAUACCGAGUCUCCAAUUGUUCCAGUCUGGAUAGCUUUGGAAGGGAUACCCUUGCAUUUAUUUGAUAAAAAAGUUUUUUUUUUUCUAUUGCCAAUUUAGUCUGUAAACCUCAAAAGUCUGAUGCGGCUACUGGAAGGGCUACCCUUGCAUUUAUUUGAUAAAAAGGUUUUUUUUUCUAUUGCCAAUUUAGUCUGUAAACCUCAAAAGUCUGAUGCGACUACUGGAAGGGCUACCCUUGCAUUUAUUUGAUAAAAAAGCUCUUUUUUCUAUUGCCAAUUUAGUUGGUAAACCUCAAAAGUCUGAUGCGGCUACUGGUAAUCUUACUAGACCCUUGGUUGCGAGGGUGUGUGUUGAGAUUGAUCUUACUAAAGAACUACCUCAAAAGGUUUGGUUAGAGAAUGGAGAUGCAGGCUUCCCUCAGCUUAUUACUUACAAUGAUAUGCCUAAGUACUGUCUUGACUGUCUCAGGAUAGGUCACUCUAAUUGCAAAAAUGAAGGCACAAAGCAACCACUUAUCACAUUUCAAAAGCUAAGGAGUGGAUUCUAAAGCAGAAUAAGAGAAACAAAAUUCCCAGAACAAUAAGCUGAAACAACCAGUGUAGUAGCCUGCAAAAGAUCCACAGAUAACAGAAUUCAAAAAGGAGGAGAGGCAGUAGAGUCUCAAAGCCAUGAAGUUCAGCCUACAGAUGCAGCACUCCAGUUGGUUCACCAGUUCUCUGGAGAUCCCCCUCUCCAGCUUAUGGAUCAUCCAUUGCAAUCUCCCACAAUAGAUACCUCAAUAGAUUCAGAAGCAAGGGCUUAAGCAGUUAAGUGGAUGGUAUUUCAUAUGCGGCUGACCUGCAAAGGCUAAAACAUAGGGAUGAUUCCAUUAAACGUGUGGGAAAACCAAAACUCAUAUUAUUGGAAGAUGGUAACAAUUCUGAUGGGGUGAACCAGAAGACUCCUCAAAUCACUCAAAAGAGGAAUGACAAUGUAUCUUCCAACCUUUCGUUAAACGGGUUGAAGUUAUUGUCAAAAAUAUGGAACAGGAAUCUGAAAAUACUCAAGGAGGAGUACAUGCCAUUCAAACAGCUUGGCAAAAGCGGGUUAAAAAAAGAUUACAGUUUCAAUUUUCCACCUAUUUUAACUAGAUCUGCAGUGAGGAAAGGGGCUGAAGAAACCCAACUUUUGGUUCCCUAAUGAAUAUUCUAUCAUGGAAUGCUUGUGGUCUCUCAUCAUCUUUUCGGAGGCUACAAGGUUUGGUGAGGCAAUGGAAUCUCUCUUUAAUUAUUAUCAUUGAACCUAUGGUUUCAGUGAACAAAACUCGGUUGUUUCAGCAAAAACUUGGUUUUAAUCAAGGCUAUUUUAAAUUUGAUAAUAAAAUAUGGGUGUUAGGGAAGGAAGAGGAUUACUCUUUGUCAGAUUUUGAUUUUAUUGAUCAAGUUUUGCACUUCAAGUGGUGAAUAGGAAAUGGGGGUGGUUCUACUUCUUUUAUUCUGCCAUAUAUGGCAAACACAAUAGGCAGGAGAGAUUAUUGAUAUGGAACUGGCUCACACACCGGAAGGACACUAAUGCUACACCUUGGCUUGUUGGGGGAGAUUUUAAUGUUCAAUUUUCAGUGACUGAACAUCAAGGCCGCACUGUUCCAGAUAUUAAUGAGAUAACUGAUUUCAAGGAUUGUUUAGAGCACUGUGAGCUUCAUCAAAUAUCUUACAAAGGAAAUGAUUUUACCUGGACGAGAGUUAGAUCUCAAGGCAGACUAGAGCUCCCACUUUAUUUUCUCCCAACACUUCAUGUGUAUAUCAUGUAUUCUUUGUCACAUCAUUAUGAAUAUACUCCCUCCGUCCCGGUCAUUUCUUCCGGUUUUGACCGGUAUCGCAAAUUUAGGUAGUGAGAAUAAAGUGAAAAUGUAUGGUUGUAGUUGUGUAAGAAAAAGGUGAAUGAAUGUGAACCAC